UUAUUCCAUAAGACUGUUGUUCUUCAGAAGCAUUAUGCAUUUCUGUACUUUUAUUUUUUUCACAUUCUUUUGUAUGAUUUUGUAAAGCAUGUCCAUUUUCAUUAACUUUUCUGCUUAUAUCACUUGUUUUGCAAAAGAUCUCGUGAUUUUAAACUGAAUAGAGGUGUCUUUCAAAAUUAGGCAAACCCUUUUUUUCCACAUUUUUUCCAUGGCCUGAUAUUACAGUGAUUGUUUUAUCUCAUCCUUCCACCGUGAUAUCUGGUUAGCCUGGAAACUGUUUAUACCCUUUACGGUCAUUGAGAUGUUUAUUAUAUUUGACAGACCUAUUAGUCCAGGGUGAAUUUGAAAAAAAUUUCCUCAUUAGCAAACUGGGCGCAUUACAGUUGCCUCAAAGGAAUGUUUUAAACAGCUUUGUGCUAUUUGCAUGGUUGUUGCUGCCCCUCAGUCUGGGAAGAAGGAAGCAAGAUCAGAAACCUAAGCUGACUCCUCCUCAUAUCCCGUCAUGUCCUAAUUGGAUUUUUUUCAGGCUAGUAUGCUGACUUUUUAAAUCGCUCCAGCUUUCUGACUUGUACAGGUGUCAGAAAUGGCUGUACGUUUGUUUGAGGAUAAAGAACACGCGAACUCAUACUGGAAGUACCGAAUUUCUCCUUCUGAAGAGCUCAUCGACAACGUUCUGCAGUUCCACAGGAGUAAUGAUAAUUCAGCCAGUGACCUGGCAGUGGAUGUCGGCUGUGGGUCAGGCCAGGGAACGUUGCUCCUAGCACCACAUUUUAAUCGUGUGGUCGGGACAGACAUCAGUCCUGCUCAGCUGGAGGUGGCAAGGAAACAUGUGAACGUUUCAAACAUCACUUACAGGGAGAGUCCAGCUGAAGAUCUACCAUUUGAAGAUGGCUCUGUAGAUCUUGUGACCACCAUGUCUGCGUUCCAUUGGUUUGACCAUUUGCGUUUUCUUCAGGAGGCUCACAGAGUGCUUAAGACUCAUGGCUGCCUCGCAAUUCUCAACUACACCAUGGACAUGGAGCUGAGUUAUGGAGGCUGCUCGGAUACUUUAAACCACAUCUGUAAAGAGUUUUAUGCAGCCCUGUGGCCUUUCCGAAGCCCUUACCUAGGUUCCAGCCCCUUUGAACUGUACAAGAAAACAUAUGACUCUCUACAGUAUCCAGUCAAAGAAUGGCAGGACAUUUUUUGGGUGAGGAAGCCUGUCACUGUCUCUGACUACAUCGGCAUGGUACAGUCUUUCUCCACUUUCCAGACACUCUUAAAAAAAGAUCCAGAAGAGGCCAGACGACUCUCACAGGACACUGAACAAAGACUGUUGCAUGCAAUGGGCGUGACAUCUCUGGAGACAGAAGUUAUCAUGGAAGUUAAAUACCUGUAUUUUGUAGCCCGCAAGCCUGCAAAUGACAAGACAAAUAUCAUCCUGUCCUAACAAACCACGCAUCAAUGCAAAGCUAAAUAUCAAUUUCAAAAAAACUGGCUGACCAAAUUUGCAUGGUCACAUAUUCGAGUAUGAUCAGCUGAAUUACUCAGAUCAUAAUCCUCAAAUAAAAGGUUUUCAUGCACGCAAGAUCUCGGUCAUUAUUUUCUAAAAUAAAUGAAAGCUUCUUUUUUAA